AGUCCUGCAGACAGUCUCUACACAAAGCAGCUAGCAACAGAGAGAGAGAGGGAGAGAGAGAGAGAGAGAGAGAGAGAGAGAGAGAUAGAUAUAUAUAUAUAUAUAUCUGGGCUUACAGACAUCCAGAGACAAGCCAGGAGGAAGGAGAGGAAACCCCACACACACACACGGACAAGAGAGUCACAGCAGCUUGUGUGUGCUCACAACUGGUCUUUCCAGAUCUCCCCUCCCGAAAAUGUUCCAGUCUGUAGCAUUCGCUGCCAUCCUCACAAUUUGCCUUGCUGGGGCGACGUUAACCUGCCCACCGAAAUGCCAGUGCCCGCAGGAGGUGCCCAGCUGUGCCCCAGGGGUCAGCCUGACUCUGGACGGCUGUGGAUGCUGCCGUGUUUGUGCCAAGCAGCUCAAUGAGGAUUGCAGUAAGCUGCAGCCUUGUGACCACACUAAGGGCUUACAGUGCAACUUCGGGGCCAGCCCCAUUGCUCAGCAGGGCAUCUGCAGAGCGCGGUCUGAAGGAAGACCUUGUGAGUACAACAGCAAAAUCUACCAGAACGGGGAGAUCUUUCAACCAAACUGCAAGCAUCAGUGCACCUGUAUCGACGGAGCAGUGGGCUGUGUGCCACUGUGCCCACAGGAGCUCUCCCUGCCCAACAUGGGCUGCCCUAACCCCCAGCUGGUUAAGGUGUCAGGCCAGUGCUGUGAGAAAUGGGUCUGUGAUGGGAACAAGGCAGGAGCAGAGGCCCACGACACAGAUGAUCUCUUCAGCCAAGAGACAGUGGGCAAGUCCUGGCAAUCUGGGCCACUCCACAACAAUGGGCUGCUCUCCCUAAUUCGACAAGGCCUCAAGAGACUACCUGCCUGGAGUGCCAAAUGUUUUGUCCAGACAACGGAGUGGUCGCAGUGCUCCAGGACCUGUGGGACGGGCAUCUCCACAAGGGUCACCAAUGACAAUCCUGAGUGUAAGCUUCGAAAGGAGACCAGACUCUGUGACAUCCAUCCCUGCAAACAGGUCACCAUUCCCAAACUGAAGAAAGGAAAGAAGUGCUACAGGACCAGGAAAUCCCCUGCUGCUGUCCACUUCACCUAUGCUGGUUGUGCCAGUGUGAAGAAAUACCGUACCAAGUACUGUGGCUCCUGUGUCGAUGGGCGGUGUUGCACCCCUCAGCAGACCCGGACCGUCCGUGUUCGCUUCCGUUGUGAUGAUGGAGAGACCUUCGCCAAGAACAUGAUGAUGAUCCAAUCCUGUCGUUGCCAUUACAACUGCGCCCACCACAACGAGGCGUCCAAUCCUUACAUCAUGUUGCACAAUGACAUUCACAAAUUCCUAGAUUGACAUGCUGCGUAGCGAGAGGGGGCAGAGGAAAAGCCAAUUGGUGUGUGACUUAGGGAGAAAGGGAUGCAAGCAAAAGGGAAGAGGCCGUUCAACUCCUAAAGCCACAAUGUGGAGGAGCCGGUGUUGGACUGAGGGCAGGACAGAGUCAUACCCCGCCAGGUUAUAGUCCGGCAGGUUUAUCUGAAAGUACAAGCUUUUGGAGGGCAUUGCCUUUGUCAGGUGGUGAAGGAGCAGCGCUCUGAAAGCUUGUGAUUUCAGAUAAACGUGUUGGACUAUAACCCGAUGCUGUGUGACUUCUGACUUUGUCCAGCUCUUAAAGCGGCAGCCUUUAUGGAAUAAUUCUUCCUUUCACUUUGAAAGUGAGAGAGGGUUUGUCACGGUUAUGGGAAUAACCAGCACAAUUUAAGAUUUGCACUGGCCCCAAGUUAGAAUCUCCCCAACUAAAUGCCAUAUCAGUUCCAACAUAUCAUUGGAGAAUGUGAGGAGGGAUUCCUGUUUUGUUUUGAAGGGGCUGUUGUGUAGGAUUCUAAAUUUUGCCACGUCUCACUGGCAGUGACAUGGAAAGGGAUGGGAGGGCACGGGCAGAGAGUUUUGUUGUGAUACUGUAGCUAUACCUACAUGCACUGUGCAGCAUUGCCCAUGUGGCAGCUAAAGACUGAGGGAAAGAGUCGACCCUCAAAGUUAAUCGAAAGCUUCAAUUUGUUGGAGCAAGGAGAUCGCUUCAUUUUGGAGCAUAGUUUCUGUGGGCUUUUGUUCUGUUUGUAACAAAGCAAUUGUAUAUUUGUAUUAUUAUAUAAUGUCUUAUCGUGUAUCAUUAUCAGUGUAUUUUUAUCAAGUGCUUGAAUGAAAAGAUGGUUGUAAUUGAAAAUGUAAUAAUUAGUUGGUGUUCCUGAGCAAGGAAAUGGUGUGGGUUAGCAACCUUUACGUGGGUCACAUCACUUCCUGAAGUGAGCUACACAGCUCACAUCAUCUGGCAGCUAACAAGCAACUCUCUGUAAAGGCUUUAGCUGUCUACUCCGCAUAGCACAGCGGUUAUUACCCAGACCUGCAGUAUAUCCUUCCAAUGUUGCAUUAUUUAUCAAAAAUGUAGCAAAUUCUAUUUGGAUACAGAGGAAAAAUGUCAUACUGGAAUGAAAUGUACAUAGAUUUUAAUUUUUUUAAGGAGAAAAUAAAAUAAACAAUUUAUUUAUGGA